AUGAAGGAUGGACCAUUGAAGCAAGCCCUGAAGGACGGCACGGUGCAGUUCCAUGAGCACCCGUACAAGCACUACACAGCUGCCGUGGAUUUUGCCAAGCUGGAGCCAUCCGAGCUGCAGCUGCACAGGAUGCGCCUGUCAAUGACUGAGUCGGGUGAAGCUGCAACCAAGGUCGGCUCCGUGGUGACUGAAGAGUCUGUGUGGUCAUUCUAUGUCCCCCUGCCUCACCAGUACCCUCCAGCAGAGGCAGAUGCAGCGUCAUGGGCGGAUCCAGACUUUCACCAGACCUAUUAUCAAAAAUUGUGGAACUUGACUACAAAGCAGGCAGCCAUCCAGGCCGGGAAGCGAUGGACAGGGCCAUCUUUGGGCGUUCCAGCUUUUGAAGACCGCUUUGCAGCGGUGCUGAUGGGUGCUUUGACAUCUGAGGCUUCCAACUGCAAGAUCGUCCAUUUCAAGUUGCAAGCUAGCGAUGCGUCCGCUGGGAUGGCCCACAUGGAUGCUGUAGCAGAACUUUGGUGGCCCAAGGACGUGAAAUCUUUGCUGCCCCGCAUGGAGUGGUCCAUCCAGAAUUGCUCCCUCAUUUUGAUGCCCCUCCCAGGUUUGGUAAGUUUGUCUGACCACCAAGAGCUGAAGUCUGCAGCGUCUGCAAGCGACACUUCUGUCAAGAAGAGGCUUGAGGAUGAAAUCACCAGAGCCAACAAGAAAGCCCGGAGAUUGGAGGGUCUUCUGAAUGACCUGACUUUUGGCAUGAUUACGCCUGAUGAAGCAGACGCAACCUGUGCGGAAGUGCUGGGAGGCCUUGGAGACGUGUGA